AUGGGUCUCUCAAUGAGCCGCAAGAGAGCGUACAACUGGUACAUCUCUUGUGUUGCAGCAUCAUGCAUGGUGCUCUACGGCUACGAUGCAUCUGUGUUUAACUCCGUCCAGGGUUCCAAGAACUGGCUGGCUUGGAUGAACAACCCAAAUGCCAACACAAUCGGCUCGAUUAAUACAGCAUACACGGUCGGAGCUAUCUUUGGUGGUUUCUUCCUGGGAGGACCAUGUGCAGACUUCCUGGGUCGCAAGCUUGGAAUGGCCAUCGGCUGCAUUUUGGUCGUUAUUUCCACCUUCAUGCAAACAUUCGCUCCUCGCCAUAACCUUGCUGUCUUUCUUGCCGGUAGAUGUAUCAUCGGUAUUGGUCAGGGUAUUGCAUUGACUGCUGGCCCUAUCUACAUUGGUGAAUUGGCCCCAGCAGAGAUUCGUGGCAAGAUCAUGACCUUCUGGCAGAUGUUCUACUCUGUUGGAUCGUUCAUCUGCUUCUGGGUCAACUUUGCCUGUACCAAGAAUGUUGACAAGUUGGGCGAGUGGGAUUGGAGACUGGUGGUCAUUUUCCAGCUUUUGGUCCCCGUUAUCAUCCUUGCCCUCCUACCGACUGUCCCUGGCAGCCCCCGUUGGUAUAUCCAGAGAGGAAAUAACAUCGAGAAGGCCCGAGAAGCUCUGCAUAGAGUUCGCGAUACCGAGGAGGAAGUCGAGCAAGAGCUGCUGGAGAUUCGUGAAGCCCUCGAAUACGAGAGGGAAGCCAUCUCUAGCAACUACUCUGCUCUCUGGAAGGACAAAUCUCUCCGCAAGCGUAUGGGUCUGGCUCUGGUUCUCAAUGCCGGACAACAGAUUACCGGACAAGGCUCGCUCAACUCAUACUCUACCAAGAUCUACCAGAAGGUGUUUACUAGUGACAGCCAGAUUGCUCUGAUCAACGCUCUAAACGCCACCUUUGGAAUCUUCUUCACCCUGAACGCCGUCUGGAUUAUUGAUCGUUUCGGAAGAAAAUUCCUUCUAAUUGUCGGUGGUAUCGGCAUGGGUCUCUGCAUGAUUAUUGUAUCUGCCGUCGAAACUGAAACACCACAACUACCUGAUGGAUCCAAAUCGACGCCUGUCGGUAUAUCGAUUGUAUUCCUCAUGUUCUUGUUCAUCUUCUUCUACAAACCAUCUUGGGGCGCAACAGUAUGGAUUUGGACAUCCGAGAUUUUUUCAAUGAACGUCCGCGCCCAGGCUGUGGGUAUGGCAUCUCAGACUCAGAACGUCGCCAACGCUAUUGUUCAACAAUUCUUCCCUCUUUUCCUCGAAAACGAGGGCUUCUAUGCCUUUUAUAUGUUUGCCGGUAUCAACUUCCUACUUGCUGUCUUCGUUUGGUUCUUUAUUCCAGAGACCAAGAUGGUUCCUCUGGAGGAGAUCGAUACCCUGUUUGGUGGUGCCAACCAUGUUACCCAGGGAGAGGAAGUGAUGGCACAACAGAAGGGAGCCCAUAUGAGGGAGGAAGGAGACGAAAAGGCUGAUGCUGUCACUGUUGAGCAUGUUCGAGGCUAG